AUGGGGAGACAGCCAGCCGUAGUCUUCGUUGUCCGUCAUGGAGCCCGUCUAGACCAGGCAGAUAGGAACUGGGCUGCCACAGCCUCAGCACCAUAUGACCCUCCUCUAUCCUACGGCGGUUGGAUCCAGUGCCAGUCUCUCGGCUUGAGGAUCAACAACGAACUGCAUAAUCUCGAAAAGCAAUCGAAACCUCAAAGUGACGGCAAAGAAGACGGAGCAAACGAAACCCAACCUCGCAAGAGGCGGAAGAUCAUUAUCCAUAGUUCGCCAUAUCUACGAUGUGUCCAGUCUUCUAUUGCGAUCGCCGCGGGCAUACAACAUCCUCAAAACCACUCUCGACCACGCAUGAAGUCGCGUCAAAUCUCUACUCGCUCUAGUCUCUCGCCCAUGGAUGAGGUGGUGCAGGCUGCGGUUCCGGACUCGGGGGAUGGUGAUCAAGCAUUUUUCGACCGCGCCGCUAGCAAAGACAAACGGCAGACAAACCGUCUUGGGUACAAUACCUGCAAGCUGCGCAUUGAUGCAUUUCUGGGGGAAUGGCAAACCGCCAGCUACUUCGAUGAGGACUCUGCUCCUCCACCCUCCGCGGUUCUCGUUUCGCAAGCCAAAAUGACAUUACAAGUCCCACAAGAGGAGAUUAAAGGUGCCGAUCUCUCAGGCUCCCCAGCCUUCAAUAUGCCACCGAGCGACACGGAAGAGGGGGAACCUGAUGCCAUAUCUGUGCCGGUCCAUGAAAAGACUGGCCUGCGAGCUAUGGCAGCGGUUGGCCAUUCACUCCCAAAACGGCCACGUAACAUCUCAUUUGGGACCGAGUUGGCAAACGGUGCUCGGAUAUUAAACAGGGCUCUCCAGGCGAGUAUGGGUUAUGGCCCUCCCAUACCGAAUUAUGCAAUUGGGCCCUCGGACAAAAUUCCGCCAGGAUUUGUGGCUCAUGCGCGGGAUUCGUGUGUCGAAAUUGACGGUCAGUGGGACAGCCAGAGUGAGCCACUUGACUGGGGUGACGGUGGGCCUUUUGAUGAGGAUUGGGGCAAAAUGCACCGGCGGUUCCGCAAUGGUCUGCAGAAAAUGAUCGCAUUCUACGAGAACCAAGCUGGCUCAGAAGCAGGGAAUAGUGAUGAUCAGGAUGACGACGAAGAUCUCGUGAUCAUCCUGGUCACCCAUCAGGCUGGCUGCAAUGCUCUGAUCAGAUUGCUAACAGCUGCACCAGCAUUGCGGGAUGUGGGCCUGUCUUCCUUGUCUAUGGCGGUGAGGAAAGAGACCCAGCAAGCACCCCCAGAGCCGUCAUCGCCGACUCGCCGAAGGGGUUCUCUCGAUCUGACCAUAUCGGAGGACUACGACAUGAAAAUCAUAGCCUCUACCGAACAUCUCCGUGGCGCAUCAAAUCCAUUGGGGUUGAACUCGCCUCGACUUGGAAAGUCGCCUGCAUUUGCCAGCCGUCGGGCGGUGGGAGCUGAUUCUCCAGAAGGAUUCAGUCUAGGAGAGUCAAUGGCGACGCGCGGCUCUGUAUCGAUGAUGCCUGCUAGAAGCAUCAGUCAACGAUCCCAUGCCGCAGACACGAUGGACUCCUCUGAACCUCCUACAGGACUCUGGCGACGCGGAAGUCGGUAUUCUCGCGAUGAAACUGCUGAGUCGUCGAGUGAUGCCUACGCAACACCCAACUCGCUGAGUGUCGGACGUUCAGAAAGUAUACAAGAGGAGUUCCCGCUCUGGAACGGCAGCGGAACGAACAGUGAAGCGAGAGGCGAUACCGAGAAAUCAGACUCCUCCCUCUUCCCUGUUCGUAGUGCGAGUCAGGCGGGACUCUGGGGUGGUGAAUCUUCGAUCAGGAGAGAGAGAAGCCCUGGGAAGAGACGGUGGACCGCAGUUGAGAGAUCCCCUUGA